GACAUUGAAAGACAGCUGCAAUGAUUUUGGGAUUUCCCGUAGAUAUUUAGAGCUAAUAGGAAGGAAAAUCUUUCCAGCAGUUUUCGUCAUGGCUAACAGGAGAGGUAACAGAUAUCCUCCGUGUGAACGACGACCGAGACGAAACGUUGAAAAUACUGAAGAUAUGGAAAAAUUCUCAAAAUACUUAGCAGAGAUGCUACCUAAGGAGAUGUUUUUUAUGAAAACGUUUCACCAGGGAGUUAAAAACCUAUUUGGGAUUGAUUUAGUUCGGGAUGAAAAGGAAAUCAAAGAGAUGUGCAAAAUUCUCAAGGAUGCAAUAAUCAAAUUCAGUGGUGGACAUGAUACAUCUGAAAAUGGCCUACUUGCACUAAUGGGGAAAUAUUUUGGUGACUUUUUCUUUACAAACAUCGGGUGUUAUAAACAUUAUCCUCAUGAAUAUAUUGAACAGAUUGAAUACAAUGUACUUCAAAAGUUCUUUGGACAUUUCUUUCCAGCGAUGAAAGAUGCGGCCAAAAGCAUACAUGUCAAGUUUCUGGGUAGCUUUUUUGACGGCCUUGGAAUCCCAUUUUUGUUUGACCGGGAGCAUAAAGCCCACCUUGAAAUAUCAGAUGCGGAUGUCAUGAUAGUACUAACACCGCCAUUUUUCCCCGCGGUCUCGUCUAGUAGAGAGCAAGUGUCAACAACAGAGGCAGCGUUGAUCGUGGAUGGUCAUGGAUGUCAUCCCGGUUAUGUCAAACUGAAGAUCCAAAGCGAAAAUCAUAUGCUUCAUCUGCCAGGCAUUUUUGAGCAUGAUCAUGGGGAUAUAUGUCUGAGCAACAGAAGUAUGAAAUACUGCAUCGAAAAUCCGGCACCCGGGUUUGAAAAACUGAAAAUACUGUGGAAAAUGGUUAAUGUAAGCUUUAAUGGCCCUGCGGUGUCGUACAAAUUGCCAUUUUUUUCUGGUGUCAAACGCAAUAUUGUUCUGACAGGCGAUAUUGUUGGGUCAUUUCCGUGGAAUGAGUUUCCUCGCGAAGCAAACGAGUGGCUUAGUCGCAAAAGAUCGAGCGGUUGGCCUAGUACGGAGCAAGUUAGGACCGUGGAAGAAUUUGGAUGCCAUGUUGUUCCAGUUGCCAAUCCUGGUGAUAGAGAUAGUCGAACCGAAUGGAGGAUCUCUUUUGCUUCAGGUGAGCGUCACCUUGCCUUGUCCUUAAAUCAAGGCCAGCGCCGUGUUUACCGCAUCAUAAAACUGAUACAUAAACAGAGGCUGGGGGACCUCGGCGUCCUUUCUACUUACCACCUUAAGACAACGUUACUCUGGUUAUGUGAGCGCAUCCCACAGGAAAGGUGGACAGAACAAGAGAUGGGACAACGUUUUUACGAUUUUCUCGACCUCUUGAUUGAUUUUCUCUCCAAGAAGUGCAUUCCAAACUACUUCAUACGGGAAAACAACAUGAUAGAUUACAUGGAUGAACAAUUAGUCAAUGAAAAUGCUAAAAUUUUGUGCGAGAUCCGCAAAAAUCCAAAAGCAAUCCUCGACGAAAUCCAAGCAACAUAUGACCUCCGCUUUGAUCUAGUGGAAUACUUGUUGUCAAAAACUCCUUUCAGAGAUGUUUUGAAGGAGCUUGAAACACAGCAGGUGCGCGCAGGAUCACCAGAGGAUAAAGGUGCAGGAGACUUGCUUAAAGUCAUGAGAGAGAUACUGAUCGACUCGUCAGAAAAUGACUCGGACAGUGUCUUGGGGGCAGUCGGGGGAGCGGUAGACGCCUUUUCAAGGAAAGACCCGGACAGUCCCUUUAAACUAAUGAAAGAAGUUGGAAAGGGGUUGUUGAAAAUAGCCUUGAAAGAUAAAGUCGAAGCAAAAGCAAAACGAACAACUCACUCAGCUUGCAAUGAUAAGCAUGGGACGGCAGCGAGAAAAAAGGUGGACAGUCCCCAAACAACAAACAUUGCAGAAAACAUGAUACAUAGAAAGCAUGUAAUAGUGACUGACUCAAUAGGACAGGACCUUGAUGGCAACAGGAUGGACAGAUCCUACGUGAAAGUACUGAGAGAAAAAACUAUUGCAGACGCACAUGACUAUAUAAUCAAAUCAAACCUGGGAAAUCCAGAAUCUUUGACUUUUAUUGUGGGGACAAUUAGCAUUGAUCACCAAAGUGUUGCAGACACCGUCGAAGAGUUGCAACAGCUGCGACAGACAACAGAAACGAAAUAUCCAGACUGUGAAAUAUAUUUCACAGGGAUCCUGGAUCGUCAACAUAAUCAAAGUUUUAACGAGAGAGCAAAGCGGUACAAUGACCUUGUUCAAGCAGAACUCGAAGGCCAUCAGAAAGCACAUUUCAUCGCAGUAAAUGAGGUAAUAAGCUCCCCAGAUUACUACAGGGAAGAUGGAUUUCACCUCAGUAGGAGGGGCACAAGCCUACUAGCACAAUGUUUAAGGGAUGCACGCACUACUGCUCCACCGCGAUCUACUACCGACGGUCCAUAAACUUUAAACCAGGAUAGACUAGACAAGAGAUUCUUAGCAAAUU